UCAAAAUAGGCUACAAUAUUUUUGCUGUUUACACUUGCCAAUGGGCCAAAAAUGCAGUUUGAUUAAUGGUUUUCAAGCAAAAAACAACAACAACCCGUUUCAAUGACCACUGUAUUAGGAUUUUACCUGGCAACAGCUGAGGCAAUCCCCUUUUACUUCAAUUUAAAGAAUGACACAACAUCAUCUUCAUGGCAAAAGGCUGGAGGAUUUAACAAUAACUGUGUCUUCAUAAAUAAACUUGUUCCAGUAAAGAGGAGGGAUGAAGGAGCAGGCGAUGCGGACAGACGCGCAGCCUGUUGUUACCGACCGGAAGGAGUUUCAUUAUUGACAAUAUGUUACAGGUCUGUCUGCAGCCGACACGGAGGACGAGCACCGAGACAAAAACAGGGAGUUUCCAUCAUCAGUGAUUAACUAGUUUGGAUGGUUGACCGCCUGCUGUGUAAUACGGUCUCCUUGAUCUAACUGACCAUCAAGAAGAUGCUGACACUCAACUUAACACAAAAAGUGACCACUCAACCUACUCUUUGAAGUAAUUGGAGCCUGAUCUUAUGAGGACACUGGGUUUCUCUUGCAGCUGUGCUAUGGUAAAAAGUCCAGCUGAGCUGUCCCUGAGGCAGAGCUAUGGGCUGUGGGGGCAGCAGGACUGACGCUCUGGAGCCUCGAUACCUGGAGAGCUGGACCAAGGAGACUGAGUCUACGUGGCUGACGAGUACAGACACUGAUAUCCCCCUGUCGUCCAUCCAGAGCAUCCCUUCUGAGAACUCGGAGGCCGGCUCCACCUCUGAGAAAACAAUCAGCCCUGAUUUCUUUGAGGACAGCCUCCCUCUACCUGCUCAGGCUUACCUGAAGGUCUGUUCAGCCGUGUCAGAAGCCAAUCUGAACGACGCGAAGCCCAGCAGCCCCCCUGCAAUACUGGGCUCUCCAACCAAGGAGGCCGUGUUACCGUCAUCUGGCACCACAGUGCAGCGCAGAAGUGUUCUACACACUGAAGAGAUUACAAAAUGGCAGGACAAUCGGAUGUCGACCAAGCAGGUAACCAUCACAGUGACACAGAGCAUCCAUCAGGUGGACAAGAACGGGAAGGUGAAGAAGUCCCUCACCACUUACGAGGUUAUGAAACCUGUGGAAACCCUCAAACAGGUGGCCACACAAAACACUUGAGCGCAAGGGACACUGGGAGAAGCCAAAGAAAAACUGUGAAAUAAGUGAAGCGAUUGUGUAUUUGUGGAAAAAUCUUUACAGUCUGAUGGCUGACGAAAGCACAGCAAGGAUGCGUGACUCUGCUCUGAGACUAUGAACUGUACAAUUUAGAUUGUCAUAUUGAAAACAUGUUUCUUUUAAAAAAAGACCUUCAACUAGGCCAUAUUGUAUUUAAUACUGUAAGAUCUAUUUCUAGGGUGCCUGAGUUUGACUUUACUUUGACACGUUGAAGACAUUGAUAUGUAAAACUGUAGGUUGGUCAGAGAAAAUACAAAACAUACAUUUUACACUACACACAGUGUCAGGCCAAAAAUAAAUGAAAAAUUCAUAGUAUUCUGUAUUCAGCAAAAAGCAAGAAAAAAGCAUUUUUAAUCCCAAUUUAUAAGACGCUUUUAGGAUAAAUAUGUGUGUAAAUCUAUUAUUAAAGUAUUAUUUCACUUCAUUGAAUAUUCACAAAUGAUAAAUAUUUUGCAGUUUUGUUAUUUGACAUGUAGCUGCUGCUGUGCUACAAUCUGUAUGGCUCAGGAAACAGAAACUGGCUGAUGAUUGCACUAUUUACAGUGAAGCCUUGGACAGGAGUUUGUGAUGACGACAAUGUAAAAAGUUGUCUUACUACAUCGUGUUGUUUUGUACAAUACAGUGUUACAUUUUUUUAUGUAGUCAUUCGUGUUUUCUAAUGACAAAUAAUGAAACAUUUAUGGUCCUUAUAAGGGUUGAGCUAGUACUCGGCUGAUUGUGUAUCCGGUACAGAUAAUGUACUUUUUACAAGUAUGAGUAUCAGAGUAAAAUGUGUAUAUCCGUUUUCUAAUAAACAAUAAAUAUAAA